CGUCGCGGCCUGGCGCACUGUUUCAUGCCAGGGAAAAGGAAACGUAACGUUACGAACUAUCUAUUCCUCCUUGGACGGAUUAUUACACUAGCGCGAAGCCACUACAAAGUCGCCGUCUUAUGAAAACGGUCCGAGAAGUCGGAUGAAAGCUCUGGGUUAGAGCUCGGUUCUUCAGGAAGAAGACAAACAGGGGAUCAGGAAGGAAACAGGAAACAAUAGUGAGUGGCCAUGGCCUACUCCAGCUACAGCAACCUGAGCAGGGCUCAGCUUACCUUUGAGUACCUGCACACAAAUUCGACAACCCACGAGUUCUUAUUUGGAGCUUUGGCGGAACUUGUCGACAAUUCGAGAGAUGCUAAUGCUACACGAAUAGACAUCUACACAGAAAAAAGGCCAGAGUUGCGGGGUGGCUACAUGCUCUGUUUUCUGGAUGAUGGUAUUGGAAUGGACCCAAAUGAGGCAACCCAUGUGAUUCAGUUUGGAAAGUCAAGCAAACGGUCACCUGAGUCCACUCAGAUCGGACAGUAUGGAAAUGGACUGAAAUCUGGCUCUAUGCGUAUUGGCAAAGACUUCAUCUUAUUUACAAAAAAAGGCAAUGCACUGACUUGCCUUUUCCUGUCAAGGACUUUCCAUGAAGAAGAGGGACUGGACGAGGUGAUAGUGCCCCUCCCCUCCUGGGAUCUGAAGACCAAGGAGCCGCUGACCUCUGAUCCAGAGAAGUAUGCCAUAGAGACGGAGCUGAUCUUCAAAUACUCACCUUUUAAAAAUGAACAGCAGCUGAUGGAGCAGUUCAACAAAAUAGAAAGCAGCAGUGGUACUCUUGUGAUCAUCUAUAAUCUGAAGCUGAUGGACAACAGAGAGCCAGAGCUGGAUGUGGAGACAGACCACCAGGACAUACUGAUGGCUGGGACGCCUCUUGAAGGAGUGAAGCCAGAGAGGAGGUCGUUCAGGGCAUAUGCUGCUGUUUUGUACAUAGACCCACGCAUGAGGAUUUUUAUACAGGGACAUAAAGUCAGGACUAAAAGACUGUCCUGCUGUCUUUAUAAACCAAGGGUUUAUAAAUACUCAUCGACUCGUUUUAAAACUCGUGCAGAGCAAGAAGUCAAGAAGGCAGAUCACCUCUCCAAGAUUGCGGAGGAGAAAGCCAGAGAGGCGGAUAGUAAGCGCGUGGCUUUAGAGGCCAGAUUAGGAGAGGACUUGUCAAAAGAUUCAAGGGCAAUUCUGAGAAAGGUUCAGGAUUCAGCCAUGAUGCUUCGACGCGAUGCUGACAUGAAGAAGAGGAUCCUCGAAGCCAAGCAGAAAGCAUUAAAGGAGCCCAAGGAGUUGAAUUUUAUAUUUGGAGUGAACAUUGAACAGAGGGACCUGGACGGGAUGUUUGUGUACAACUGCUCUCGUCUCAUCAAGAUGUAUGAGAAGACAGGGCCACAGCUGGAGGGUGGCAUGGCCUGUGGAGGUGUGGUUGGAGUAGUGGAUGUCCCAUAUUUAGUUCUAGAGCCCACCCACAACAAACAGGACUUUGCAGAUGCUAAGGAGUAUCGACACUUACUGAAAUCCAUGGGGGAACAUUUAGCUCAGUACUGGAAGGACACUAACGUUGCCCAGAAAGGCAUAGUGAAGUUCUGGGAUGAGUUUGGAUAUCUGUCUGCCAGCUGGUCUGCACCUCCAUCAUCAGAGCCAAGAUACAAGAGGCGUCGGGCCAUGGAGAUACCACUUACUAUUCAGUGUGAUAAAUGUUUAAAGUGGAGAACACUACCAUUCCAGAUGGAUGCUGUGGACAAACGCUACCCAGACAGUUGGGUGUGUCUCAUGAACCCUGACAGCACUCAGGACAGGUGUGAUGCUCCUGAACAGAAACAGAAUUUACCAUGUGGUGUUCUGAAGAAAGACAAGCUGACAGCCGAAGACAAACGGAAAGAGCUGGCCGAGAAAAUCAAACAGCAGCAGGAGAAACUAGAGGCUUUGCAGAAAACCAGCACCGUUAAGUCUGCAGCAGAUGUGAAGAAGCUACCGCUGGAGGUCAGCAUGAAACCAACGGAGAGCUCCUCUCAGGCAACAAGAUCUUCUGAGAGGUCUGUAACCCGGCCCCGCUCUCCACCACUCCCAGCUCACCUCAAAAAUGCGCCAAGUGCCCCUCCAUCUCGUUCUGCUUCUCAGCGCACUACGCGGGCAGCUGCUGCUCCUGCAUCGUCACCAAAAGUUGAACCAUCCAGAUCUAGAGCUGCAGCAAAGCCUCCUCCACCCGCAACAAAGACCACACCCAAAGCUUCUGCCAAAACACCUCCACCCAGCCGCAGCUCACGGACGUCUGCCAAAGCAUCAUCUGCCAAAGCAGCAGCUGCUGGACAACGCAAGAGAGUUAUAGAGCUAGAAGACAGUGAGGAGGAGGAGGAGGAGGAGGAGGAAGAGGAGGAGGAGGAGGAGGAGAGUGAGGAGGAAGAGCCACAAUCAAAGAAAUCCAAGAUGGCGGCAGCCGCUAGUAACUGUGGGAAAGUGGUAGAGAAGGCCCCACCUCUCAAACGUGGCAAGCUGGACGAGGUUAAAACACACUCCCAGGCUGAGAGGAAAGGGGUGUCUACUCCUACACGGCAGACACCAGCCACACCAACCUCUGUCCCUAAAUCCAUUUCCACACAACAGCAUGGGGCUAAAGCCAAGGCACCUGAGAAGGCUUCACAGCAAGAACCAGAGAACGACACUAAAAACGCUCAGAAAGAUAAGGGUCUUCUGGUUGAAGUACGUGUCAAUAAAGAGUGGUACACAGGCAAAGUCAUUGCUGUGGAGGCAAAUAAACAGAGUGUUCGCUGGAAAGUGAAGUUUGACUAUGUACCUCGAUCCACCCCCAAAGACCGAUGGGUCUUUAAGGGUAGCGAUGAAGUCCGGUUGAUGCGGCCGCCAUCUCCAAUCUCUCAGACACCUGACACCCAACAGGAGACUGAGAGGGGGCCGGCACCCAUGGAGCCAGACACUACUCAGCCAGGAACCAGUCGAGAGGUGACUGAAAGUCUGGUCACCAUGUUGAGGACAAUGCUACGUUACUUCUUCCCUCCUGCAUUUCGGAUUCCAAAGGACGAUGUUAACAGCAUGGCGGCUGAGGAGUUGGUGGCCUUUCCUUUGAAAGAAUAUUUCCAGCAGUACGAAUCUGGUCUGCAGUCAUUGUGCAACUCAUAUCAGAGCAGAGCUGAUGCCAGAGCCAAAGCUGUGGAAGAGAAGAACAACAACACUGAGAUCAAACUGAAGGAGGCAGACGAGAAACUACAGAAACUACGAACAAACAUUGUAGCUCUUCUACAGAAAGUACAAGAGGAUAUUGACAUAAACACAGAUGAUGAGCUUGAUGCCUACAUAGAAGACCUCCUUACCAAGGGUGAUUAAAGAAGAAAGAAAAGAGACAUAUAGAAGAGAAGAGGACAUGCACAUAAACAGACUGGCAGUUUUCAUUCCAGCCAUUACUUGCCGACAGCUCCCCGAGGACUCGUUCUUAUGUGCAGAGUUGGCUGUGAAUAUUUAGGGUUAUUUUCAUUGUUGAUCCUUUCACAUGUUAAAUCAGAUUGUCAUAAGUUUGAUGUUUGGUUUUGGGCUUUCCAGUGUUUAGGCUGCACCAGCAUGCUUUUUGAGUUUGGGCAGGUUCUUUGGUGUUUCUACGUUGUUGGGCAGCCUUCUGGCCUGUGGUUUUCUUUUUAGUCCUUUUUAUAUACUUGCUUAUAUAUGUUAAGCUAUGUCUAAGCCAUCCUAUCCUGAUCAGAAUGAUUUGUGUAGAAUUGUUGCUCCAUUCAUUUAGUCAGCUAACGCUGUUACAAACUGCAGACUACAUUUGUUCAUUAUUUCAUGGUCCAUCAUCAGGUGAGAAUUGGUAGUGACUCAAGAUUUAGGCUUGACUGGUCGGUGCUCUGCACUGCAACCUUUAUUAAGCAUUAACUUUUAUUUUUGUACACUAAAACACAUUAGUGUUGCCCAUUACCUUCCUUCACCCUGGUCCACCAGGCAAAUAUUUUAUGGUUGGGUGAUGUACCACACCCACAAACAAGAACUACUUACUGGGUUUUAUCAGUAUGAGUAUUUCCUGAAAUCCCUCCUGCAUUUAAGCUAUGACUGUUUGGUGUUUAUUUUUGGAAGAAAAAAAAAUCUCAGUUCAAUGCAAAAGUUGUGUGUUCAUAAUUAAUCAGUGCCUGUGUCCUUCCUUUUGAACAGAUUUUUAACAUGUCAUAGAAAUGUUUUAUUAAAGGGUGCAUGCUUUCCGUCUUUUUGUUCUGAUUGGAACAAAUGAUUCUGUAUUUUUGACAAAUCUUUACUUAAAACAAUAAAACCGGUUCGCCAGCA